GCAGAGCCUUUUUGCAUUGGGCACUCUCGGCAGUUGCUGGCGUAGUCAGUUGAGAGCCGGUCGGUUGGACGGAGCGGCAACACUUUUCGCGUGUGUGCCGGUGCGGUGACCUUAGCUGUCAGGCGUAUCUUUUAUUCCCUCGGCCGCGGUAAAAUGGGUUUUCUGCUGCCUAAGUUGUGUGGAAUACGGAGCCACAAAUGGGCAUUUGUCAUUGCCAUACUAGAGCUAAUUUUGCACAUUUAUCUUUUGGUAAUGUGCAUCAACUACAUCGUCAUUGCUGCCGGUAAAUUCGAGGAGGAAAAUAAAGUGCAAACUCUGACUGGGGAAGGCAGUGGCGACGCUGCCAGCAAAGAGACCAGCGUCACCAGAAACUCAACAGAGUUCAUUGCCGACGACUUUAAAGAAAGCAUCACCGCCUUUUUAGAAUUGUUGACGGAGUACCAGUCGCAAAUGGAGGAACUAGUCGACAUCACUUUAUUUUAUAUUAGCAUUGCCACAGUCGUCUAUGAACUCAUUUGCAUCCCUGCCAUUAUCAUCUUGUCAUGCGGACUUUGCUGCAAAACGAAAUGGCUAAGCGUGCCUUGGUUUGCCAAAACCCUUUUUGAAAUAGUCGUAGUGCUUUUCUUCAUUUACGCCGUCGGCCUGAAAUCAACAACGGUUCUCUCUGUGUUGAUCUUCCAGCUCGGAUACGAGUUGGUGGCCGCGUACGUGGUCCUGAGCGGCGUCAGCAGCAUGAAUAGUUCUUUGAAUUUGGAGGAGCACGCGAACAGCCAGCCCGCGGAAACGGAGCUCAAGCUCUUGGGUGGAGCCCGACACGACCAAGUUUGAUUGAAACAAAAACGAACAAAAGGAAAUGCUGCCAAAGCGGAUAUGCAACUUAAUUCAUAGUCAAUAUCCAUCCAUAAUCCUUUCACGGAAAACGCGAAUUUCCUCGGAGAGAUUAAAAAAUAAAAAUCAACUCCCAAUUUCUAACCCGAGACUGUCCCUUCCUUUCGUAAAGAAAGCGAGUCUUUGGCGACAUUUAUAUUUUGAGAUUA